UUCAUCACAGCAGCGCGCGAGACAGAGCAGUGUGGGGAUAGAGAAUGAGCAGUGGUGUUUAGAGCUGUGGAGCGGGGUUGGAUUACUGUUUAUCGUUAAAAGUUGAGGACAAAAUAAGAAGAUGCACCACAGCAGAACAUCACAGAUGCCUCCCCAGGCAGUGAACGGCUGAUCAGCUGCUGCAGAGCAUUGGACGUGAAACCAGAUUAUACCGUCAUCCCCCUUCAGACUACUUUAAACUCUCCCAGCAUGUCUCAUGCUCAGGUGGAGCUGCCUGGACUUGGCUUUCCGAGUUUACCUGUUGAUCUAGACCCUGAGUGUGCAGAGAGAAGGUCCAUCAGGAGGAACUCAUAUGUUAUUCACAAACUUAAUGUUGACAUCGAGUCUCAGUUUUUUAAUGGAGCACUGUCCUGGCCCUCGGAGAAUGUACUGUGCGAGAACAGGACAGAAGAAGGGAAGGUGGACACCUGUCCACCGUCACCUUCUCCGGUCUCCAGUCCCAAGACCCCCACCCCACAGAGCUGCUGUUCUCCUUCAGAAACCCCAGGGCCAUGGAGGGUCUCGGGGCAAGACCCCAGCUCAGACUCUGAUCCUGAAGCAGCCAAGCCGGGGAAGGUGAAGCCCCGGAUGGAGAGCAGGUGGGAGCUGGAGGAGAAGGAGGACAUGGAGACCAAAGCUGUGGCCACCUCGCCGGACGGACGGUACCUCAAGUUCAAUGUGGAAAUUGGCAGAGGGUCCUUCAAGACGGUCUACAAGGGGCUGGACACGGAGACCACCGUGGAGGUGGCAUGGUGUGAGCUGCAGACGAGGAAACUGACCAAAGCGGAGCGGCAGCGCUUCAGCGAGGAAGUGGAGAUGCUGAAGAACCUGCAGCACCCGAACAUCGUCCGCUUCUACGACUCCUGGAAGUCCACUCUGAAGGGACACAAAUGCAUCCUGCUGGUCACUGAACUUAUGACCUCCGGCACCCUCAAAACUUAUCUGAAGCGUUUUAAGGAGAUGAAGCUGAAGCUCCUGCAGCGCUGGAGUCGUCAGAUCCUGAAAGGUCUUCACUUCCUGCACACGCGUACUCCUCCCAUCAUCCACCGAGACCUGAAGUGCGACAACAUCUUCAUCACCGGACCCACGGGCAGCGUGAAGAUCGGUGACCUCGGACUGGCCACGCUAAAGAGAGCAUCGUUUGCUAAGAGUGUAAUCGGAACCCCGGAGUUCAUGGCUCCAGAGAUGUACGAGGAGAAGUAUGACGAGGCGGUCGAUGUUUAUGCGUUUGGAAUGUGCAUUUUGGAGAUGGCUACAUCAGAAUACCCGUACUCUGAAUGCCAGAAUGCAGCACAGAUCUAUCGCAAAGUCACCAGCGGAAUGAAACCAGACAGCUUCUACAAAGUGAAAGUGCCUGAGCUGAAGGAGAUUAUUGAAGGGUGUAUUCGUAUGAACAAAGAUGAAAGGUACACCAUUCAGGACCUGCUGGAGCACACCUUCUUCCAGGAGCACAAUGGUGUCCACGUGGAGCUGGCGGAGGAAGACGACAUGGAGAAGUCCAGUCUGAAGCUGUGGCUGCGAAUGGACGACACCAAGAAGCUUCAUGGGAAGUACAAGGACAACAACGCCAUUGAGUUCCUGUUCGAGCUGUACAAGGACGUGCCAGAGGAAGUGGCGCAGGAAAUGGUGGUGCUGGGAUUUGUAUGCGAAGCGGACUACAAGCUGGUAGCCAAGGCCAUGCGGGACCGAGUCACGGCCAUUAAGCGCCAGCGGGAAAGGCAGCGUCGGCUGGCUGAGGAGCAGAAGAAGAGGAAGCAGGAGGUGGCAAUCGAGGAGGAGCUUGAACCUCCCUCGCCGAAGCCCGUUAGCCGAGCCCCCGAUAGCCUAGCCUCCUCUCCUGUUCAGAUCCCGCCCACUCCACCUUUUCAAGAGCGUCCUGCGGUCUCUCCUGUAAACUCCCUGGAGUAUGGCAUCAGCAGGGGGUUCCCACCAGAGCCAGAGGAACCAGAGGCUGACCAGCACUUCCACUUCCGCCACACCAGCUACUCCUCAGUGACCUCGGAUUGCGAUACAGACGGCUAUCUGAGUCCCUCCAGCUUCCAAGAAGGGCUCGAGGUGACUAAGGGUAACACAAUCAGCCUUCCUGUUCCACCCAGUCCAUUAGCCACAGCCACAUCAGCCACGCCCACUCCACCAGUUAAGGCUCUCCGUUUUCCUUCAAGCAUCGCUGUGACUAACAGCUCUGAAAAAGCAGCAGUCUCAGGACCUUCUAGCCCCAUCUCCUCACCUGUGGACAGCUAUGCUUCAGACGUCACCUCAGGCCUGAGUGACGGCUGCGAGGGCCAAUCAGAGAGGGCUGGUAAGUCAGUCGCUCGACGGACAGCAGGAAAACUCUUCAGGCGAAGAGCUCGAGCUCGUCUGCGCAUCACAGGGCUGUCUGAUAAGGUGGACCGUGUGGUGGAGUGCCAGCUUCAGACCCACAAUGAUAAGAUGGUCACCUUCAAGUUUGACCUCGAUGGAGACAGCCCUGAGGACAUCUCCACUGUGAUGGUACAUAAUGAGUUUAUCCUUCCGUCUGAGCGAGAAGGCUUCAUUCAUCAAAUGCGUGAUGUCAUCAGGCGGGCGGAGUCUCUAAUGGCCAAACAGUCGGCGGGUGACCAGACCAAUCACACAGCGGCUCGUCAGCCACACCUCAACAGUGCUGCAGCGAUUUUAGCAUCGCAGCCCAACCUCCACAGUCUGGCUCGAACACACUCCGCCUCCUCUCUGCCAGAGUUUGGGCCGGUUGGUUCACCUCAGAGGCCGAGCGGAGACGUUACCUCACCUGUACGUCCACUCUUACGCUCCCAGUCCUUCCACAACACACCGGGAACCUCCCGUCCAUUUCAGGGCCACCCGGCUCCGCCCUACCAGUCGGACCCCAUGGCGUCCCUCUCUAAGCUUGCCCACCUGCAGCAGUAUCCAAUGCCCUACGUGGCCACCUCCACCCACAUGCCCUUCCAGUACCCGCCCCAUCCCGGCUCCCCCCAACCCAGCCAUCCCUCACUCUCCCGGGUCCACAGUAACCCCACCUACUCCUUGUCGUCACCACCUUCUUCAUGCUCUUCACCGGGCCCCCUCGCUCUAGACCUCCUGAGCCCAACCAGUGACCUCAACAGCCCCUUAACCUCUCCCGUCCUUCAAAACCACACGGCCAACAUGUGGCCGCCGCAAACCCCUCCCCUUUUCUCUCUAGCCAAUAUGCUGUCCAUGGCCAUGAGCAUGGCGCACUCUUUCAUCCCUGCCCAGAGUCUACCGUCCCCCCUGGUGCAGCCUCUUCCCUCUAUACCCGGCUUUCCUCCUCAGUUUGCCCACCACAUCCAACCACAGCCUGGGUAUCCAUCAGUAUACGCGCCGCAGUAUGCUCCGCCCAUGCAGGCCGAGGGCUUCUACCAGCAGGUUGGUCCUGGGGGUCACCCGGAAGCUCCGAACUGGGAGGCCAUGUAUGGUUAUACACAGAAGACACAUUCCAGCAUGCACAAUCAAGCACCAAUGAUGCCCACGCACCUUCUGCAGAUGUACGCCAACAUCCCACAGGAGAUGGGAGAGGGCAGACCGCCUGGACAUAUCGAUCAUCUCCCAAAAGAGUUCCCCGGCCCUCAAGGGUACACACAGACGUUCCCAAUAUCUUCACUGGACCAGUCAGGCCUCUAUAGAUCCUCCUCGUCAUCCUCCUCCUCGUCAUCAUCUGGGUCAUUGUCUUCACCCAGAGCGAGUCCAGAGAGCACAGCCUCGUCCUCAAGUCCAAGAUCGCUCUCACCCCCGCCAGUGGCUCCAGAGACCAGCAGCACCAGCACACACACGCCCAGAGAAUCCCCCGUCAGCGCCGAACCAAAGUCCACAGUUACAGUCGGACGCUUCCAGGUUUCCCCCUCGAAGGAGUUCCCAACACCAGUGGACAUCAGUAAAACUCCACCUGGAUCCACACCUACACCUCCCGCCUCACCCGACACUCCAUCCACACAAGUGCCCAGCUCUUCUGUUUGCACUUCCCAUGAGAACUCUCCACAGAUAGAGGGAAGAAGAGCCUCAGCGGGGAGUGAAGUCCCCUGCAUAAACUCUGAUUUCUCUCAACACCUCCAUACAGAUGUUCCUCAAGACCCCUCUAGAUCCUCAGCUGUAGCUACUGAGCUAAAUAACUCCUUAGGUAUCUUACCGCCCGUUCCUCCUCAUGAAGUUUCCUCCCUCCAGGAAUAUCCUUCCACUCCGCCUGAGAGCACGACAGCGGUGGAAGCUGAGGAGAAACAGGAGGUGCAGCGUAGUGGUGAAGAGGAGCCGUACGACCUUCACCACCACCAUCAGCAGCAGCAGCACCAUCAGCAGCAGCAGCAGAAGAAGAGGGCCCGUAAGCUCGACUGUGAUCAGUCUGUGAUGGGGACGUCGGUGGACAGCGGGCUUUCCGUCGCUCUGGAUCCGGAGGGGAGUCUGUGGGACGGGAUGAUGGGCAGCCCUCCGUAUCCCACCCCUCUCAACAACCUGUGGAUGAGCUACACCCGCACCUCCUCCUACAUGAGCAGCGAUGAGUCAGAGAGCGAAGACGAGGAGAUGUGGGACGAGCUGCAGGAGCUGAGAGAGAAGCACCUGUGUGAGGUGCAGUCUCUGCAGGCGGUGCAGAAGCGGGAGAUAGAGGAGCUGUAUGAGAGGAUGGGGAAAGUUCCUCCUCCCUGCAUCGUGUCUCCGGCGGCCAUGCUUUCCAGCCGGCAGCGUCGACUCUCUAAAGGGGGGCCUUUCCCUUCCUCUCGCAGGAACAGCCUCCAGAGACUGGACAUCCUCCCAGUCACAGGGAUCAUAAGGAAGAACUCUCUGAGUGGAGGAAGCAGCAGCAGCAGCAGCAGUUCACAGGAUCGACCCGCCAAAGGGGUGACCUUUGCCCCUGAACUCACCAGAAUGUAAAACUACACAUCCGAGCCUGUUGGCAGAACUAGAUUAGACUACCUCAUCCAGCAACACGACUGCUGUUCACCCACGCCCCCCAACUCCGCCCCAUACCCACCCACCGCCACCGUCCUACUGAAGAAAGAGAACUUUACAGGCAGACAAGGAGACCUUCUCUACUAGCAGAAGAGCGAGAGUCAGACAGUCACGUGGUAACAGUCAACGCCCACCUUCACGACUAAUCGCGGAAACAUGCUGACUGUGUUGAGUUAUAUUAAAAACCUGCCUGUGUGUACACGUGCACACGCGCACACACUCACACACUGCUCUAAUGGAUCUAAACCUGGAAGGAAAAUGUGCAUACAGUCCAGGUUUGGACACACCUGAAAACAUAACAUAACUAAUUAUUUAUUUAUCAAAACGCAUCACAUGAUUACAUGUUUCAGUGGCCUUGAUACAGCUUUACACAGCCUUGCCAUCCAUCACUGGGAUACUUUUAAUAUAAAUUCUAUUUUAUUUCAUUUCAUAAUGUUAGAAGGAAGAACUAGUGAAAUAUGAUCAUACUCAUGGGAUAAAAGGACUUACAUAAAUAUACGUCCAUAUAUAAGCACUUUUAUAAUAAGCACUAUUAUUCUAUAACUAAGCCUCCUUUUUCACCCUGUUCUUCAAUGGUCAUCAACUAGGGGUGUAACGAUAUGUGUAUUCUUUACGAAUUGUCACGGUACGGUGUCACAGUUCGGUUCACGUAAACGCAUGCAGAGUACAUGUUACACAGGCGGUCUGUAAGUGACUUUUUGAACCAAUGAAAAAUUGUGCUGAAAUCGUGCCCUGCUAUAGGGAAUGAAUGGUCGCCUGUUGCUUUCCAGUGUAAACGCAGGGUUAGGCGCUCGCUCUCAUUUGUGCUGUCUCUCAACCACUCUCUCUCUUGCGCCAUCUCUCUCACUCUCGCUCUACUCUGAUAUAUUAUAAUACAGUGCAGUAUUUAAUAAAAGAGCUUGAGCCCUGUUACCACAUACCAUCCCAAAAAACAAAACAUGAUUAUAAUGAAGAUUCAUUCUUAUUAUGAAGUUAAUGAAGGUGAGGCUAUACAGAAUCUCCAGCCUCUUUAUUUUUUCCACCAACUGUACCGAAAACGUCCCAAAAUGAGGGGUUUAUACUGAAGUGUGAACCGAACUGUGUUUUCUGUAUCGUUACACCCCUAUCAGCAGCCUACAGGACCACAUUCAUAUUCCAGCAGUGACAUCAUUCAUAUUCCAGCAGUGACAGUGAGGCGUUUAAAAACUCCAGCAGCACUGCUGUGUCCGUUUCUCGUAUGCAGUGCUCAGUACAUACCAAAGUGGUUGAAGGCCUUGUUGAAUCCGUGCCUCAGUAGAUCAGAGCUGAUUUAGCAUUAUUUGUCAUGUCAUGAUUUCACACAUCAGACAAUAAUGUAUUUAUGUUUUAAAGAUGUCAAUCAAACUAGGUGUGACCAAACUUUUGAGUGGUACAGUUUGUCCUGCAGUAAUGAAGGCAGGUGCCCUACAGGACACAAUAAGUAUAAUUUGCUGACUGUCCUGAUUCCCCUGCUGUGGUGACGGUGCUGUCGCGUUGCCGUUGCUGUGCUGAGCUUAGUGACGCGAGAGCUGCGUGUGAGCUCUCCCUGACAGCUCACCAGUGGCUCAUUAGUGUGUUCUUAGCACUUUCGCAAGCAAUUUGCCUUCACUUACACACACAAACACACACACAUACAUAUACAUACAUAAACAGCUGCCAGACCUGCUUAUAACAGGCACUCAUUUCCUCUUUGAGUGUGUGAACGACACUAGUCCACUUGCCGUGACCUUUUUAUUAUAUAUUAUAAUAUUUCUGCUUCUAAUAUUUCCUUACUCUGCGCUGCAGUGAUGAUCAGAGCUCAGCUCAUACUGUAGCCUUAAUGUACAGAUUUAUUUUAUUUCUUUGGGUUUAUUUUUUAUUUUUAUUAAUAUUAAUGUGAACAGAAACUGGAGAUAAGGCUCGUUUGUUGGGUCUGGGAUGUACAUUUAUCUUUAUCGUCUGUGCAAUGUGUAAAAUACUCAUUCUACACCGCAUUAUAAAGCAGGUGAACUAAUUCUACACAUUUUCUUACACUAGAGCUACAGGAGGUGUCCGAAAUAACAGAAACACCCCAUAAAAUACUCAUAAAAUACACAUAUAUUGGUCACUUUAUCACAAACAGCUGCCUUAUUAUAGGUAAACUUUGUAGGUCUAGAGUUGCUGACUGUAGCCUGAGUAAAUCACAGCCCCGGUACCGUAUUUAUCACUUGAAAGGGACCAACCUAAGACCACCACUGUCCAGAGUCCAAUUAUUCUCAACACAUGUAGUAGUGUUUUAUUCUGGUGUUUUCGAACCAUGUGCACGCUUGAACGGCCACUUUAUUGGAAACGUUUGAUGGUGUACGCUUGCUCUUGUGUGUGAAGUUUGAGUAUGUAAUAUGGAUAUAUGAAUAAGUGAUCUAAACCAUAUCCAUUUGGCUGGAGGUUUGAUAGAUAAUUUAUAUAUAUAAACACACUAAUGGUCAAAAGUUUUAGAACACCUGCAUAUUUUUCCCUGUAACCAGUCAGUAACCAGAAAUAGUACAAAAUCCAGUCUACAAAUUUUUUGCCAUAAACUGCCAGGGCUUUUAAGAAAAACAAAUUAAAAAAAAAUUUAAAAGAAAAGAUUUUAGUAUUGUAAAACAAUUGUAUAUUCAAAAAAAAAAAAGUCAUAUAUUGUUUUAAAACAGAGGGUCUUUAUCUCAGCUUUACAUUGGAAGAAGGGGCAAUCAUACACCUGUAGUUUGUCUCUAUAGUCCGGAUCAGUUGAUGAGUUUGUUUACUUGGAGCGUUUUCUCACUCGGUUUGAUUUGGUUUCACACAGAUAUAAACCUAAAAGCACCAAAAUGCGCACCAACAUACCAUGCAAGCACGUUGUCUCCUCUGAUUGGUCAGAACUGUCUGGCAAGAAGAUAAUGUUCCAGUGUGUAUAUCUGUGCAGUCUGAAGCUGCUUUUAACCACAGUGUUUUCAAUGGGCUGUGCAGCAGAGAUGUACACAUAGUUAACAGAGUUGCCCAUCUGACUGCGAGUAGUGAACGCAGCACAGACCGUGCGUGUAAACAGCAUGGAGCAGCAGAGCCAGCAUGUGUUCCUAGCUGCGGUAAUUAGCGUAAUCUGGCUAAAAUAUCAAAUUAACCUGUGCCUUAUCAGCAGUUUAGCUCAAAUAAUUUAUUAAAUAAGGAAUAUAUUUGAUAGCUGUGUCAGAUCGAAACCAGAUCACUUUCUUAUCAUAAGUGCACCGCACCAGAGUUUAUUUGGAACCGCACCAGAGUGCGAUUUUUGUUUUCACACCUGUUCAAUCAAGUCUCAGUUUCAGCAGCAAAGAGGAAAAUUAGAGGUCUGACAGGUGAAGUGCAAUAAUAAUAAAAAAAUAAAAAUAAAUAUAGGGGUGUUCUACAACUUUUGAUCGGCAGUAUAUAUAUAUAUAAAUAUCUAUACGUGAGUUGAGAAUAAAGAUCUAGAGUCUAAUUACAUUGUUUGUUAGCAGUGCUAGUCUAGCAUCCAUUAAUGUAUACCAAAGCAGCAGCACAUCAGACACUAAACAUGCCUCUAUGUUAACUAUUUGACUUUGUCUGGGAUCAGUGGCCAAUUAUGUUAAUUUGAUUACCUUACAAAUAUUAGUAACUUUCAUUAGUAAAUAUCAUGGAUUUUCCAGAUACUUUCCCCACCCUCGCUGUAUUUAUUUGUGGUUUUUAUGGAGCACUUUCUUCAAACAUCCUUUCUGUAUUACUUUGCUAUUAAAAGCCAGCCUUGCCCUGGCGAGGAAUGUGUUUAAUGUACAGAGCAGGAAUAUUGAAUAUUAUUUCUUAUCUUAACAGUGUACACAGACUCAUGUGAUGUUUAUUUUAAAGGGAUAUAAUGAAAGGAAAUGAAAAAAAAAGUGUGGUGGGUUCAGUUUAAGGAUAAGGGUGGUUCACGGGGUGUUACUUUUUACUUUUACAUUCAAUAUUUUUGUCCAAAGAAUCGAGAAUUGUUAAUUCAUUCAUAUAAAACUGUGAAACACUUUAUCAUUGCCUUUGAACAUGCACAGUAAAUGACUAGAAUAUAGACGCAGAAUAUAAAUCUAUAUAUUUUAGAUGAAACAGAACAAUGUGAGUAAGCCAUUUUAAUGAAUGUGAUGCUUUGAGUGCUAAGCUGCUAUACUGCCACGCCGUGCCUCUUCUAUUUUCUUUCUUUUUUUAUAUAUACUUCAGAUGAAUAUGUACCGUGCUCCAAAUUGUAUUUGUACAAUAAACUUAAAAAUAACA